GGGUGAGCGUGGCCCUGCCAGCUGCCUCGGUCACCCCUGUGGCAGCGGUGAGACAGAGGAGGUCCCGGCAGCCACCCUGCCAUGCUGGAGCGCCUUGCCCAAGGAUUGUCGGUGCUAAGCUCUACCCGUGUGCCUCUCUGGAGAGGACUGAGCCUCAACUGCCCAGCGAGUUCAGCAACAAAGAGUGGAGCCCACCUCUCUCCCUGGGGGCUGACAAUCACGGGACGCUGAGCAACAUAACGGACAGAGCUUCCGGCCGGACCCCCCUGACCCAGCCGGGUCCCCGUGCCCAGCGCCGCCGGUGUCGGUGCCGGGCGCCGCCGGUGCCGGGCGCUGCCGGCGGAGGCGGAGCGCGGCCGAUCCCUCCCCCGGGCAGUGCCCCGGGCCCGCCCCGCGCGGUCCGGGAGGAGCCGCGGCCGCCGCGGGCACCGGCAGCGGCACCGGCACCGGGACGGCGCGGAGCGAAGCGGCGGCAGCGGCGGCACCAUGGCCUCGGAGAGCGAGGCGCAGCGGGCGCUGCAGUAUGAGCAGACCCUGAUGUAUGGGCGCUACACGCAGGACUUGGGCACCUUCGCCAAGGAUGAGGCAGCCCGGCUGCGACUGCAGGAGGGGGACACGCCCCGGCCCCGCCGCCCCUCCGAGCUGCUGGAGUACACCCAGGGCCGCUGUGGCCCCUGUCGGGUCUGCGCCUUGCAGUGCCAGCGGUUCCUCAUCUCCAAGGUGGGUGAGGACUGGGUCUUCCUCAUACUGCUGGGACUGGUCAUGGCACUGGUCAGCUGGGCCAUGGAUUUCGCCAUCGCCACGUGCCUCCAAGCUCAGAAGUGGAUGUACGGGGGCCUGGACACCAACGUGCUGCUGCAGUACAUGGCCUGGGUCACCUACCCCACUGUGCUCAUCACCUUCUCAGCUGGCUUCACCCAGAUCCUUGCCCCUCAGGCUGUGGGCUCAGGGAUCCCCGAGAUGAAGACCAUCCUGCGGGGCGUCGUGCUGAAGGAGUACCUCACCCUCAAGACCUUUGUGGCCAAGGUGAUAGGACUGACGUGUGCCCUGGGCAGUGGCAUGCCCCUGGGCAAGGAGGGUCCCUUUGUCCACAUCGCCAGCAUGUGCGCAGCCCUGCUCAGCCGCUUCCUCUCCCUCUUUGGGGGCUUCUAUGAGAAUGAGGCAAGAAACAUUGAAAUGCUGGCAGCUGCCUGCGCUGUCGGUGUUGGCUGCUGCUUCGCCGCCCCCAUCGGAGGCGUCCUCUUCAGCAUCGAGGUCACCUCCACCUUCUUUGCCGUCCGCAACUACUGGCGUGGCUUCUUCGCUGCCACCUUCAGCGCCUUCAUCUUCCGUGUCCUUGCUGUCUGGAACAAGGAUGAAGAGACAAUCACUGCACUGUUCAAAACCCGCUUCCGCCUCGACUUCCCCUUCGACCUGCAGGAGCUGCCUGCCUUUGCCGUCAUCGGGAUCGCCAGCGGCUUCGGGGGCGCACUCUUUGUCUACCUCAACCGCAAGAUUGUGCAGUUCAUGCGCCGCCAGAAGACCAUCAACCGCUUCCUCAUGAAGAAGCGCCUGCUCUUCCCUGCCCUGGUGACGCUGAUCAUCUCCACGCUGACCUUCCCGCCUGGCUUCGGACAGUUCAUGGCUGGCCAGCUCACCCAGAAGGACACCCUGGUGACACUCUUUGACAACCAGACGUGGGCCAAGCAGGGGAUCAGUGAUGAGUUUGAAUAUUUGGGCAUCCUGGAGGCCUGGCACCAUCCACGCUCCAAUGUCUUCAUCACACUUAUCGUCUUCAUCCUCAUGAAGUUCUGGAUGUCAGCUUUGGCCACUACCAUCCCAGUGCCCUGUGGAGCCUUCAUGCCUGUCUUCGUCAUUGGGGCAGCCUUUGGGCGCCUGGUGGGGGAGAGCAUGGCAGCCUGGUUCCCUGAUGGCAUCCACACGGACAGCAACAUCUACCGCAUCGUGCCGGGGGGCUACGCCGUGGUGGGGGCAGCUGCGCUGUCAGGUGCUGUCACCCACACGGUGUCCACUGCCGUCAUCGUCUUCGAGCUGACGGGGCAGAUCUCGCACAUCCUCCCUGUCAUGAUCGCUGUCAUCCUGGCCAAUGCCGUUGCCCAGAGCCUCCAGCCCUCCCUCUACGACAGCAUCAUCCGCAUCAAGAAGCUUCCCUACCUCCCUGAACUGGGCUGGGGCCACCACGAGAAAUACAACGUGCGGGUGGAGGAUAUCAUGGUGCGGGAUAUCCGCUACGUCACCCUCAACUGCAAGUACCGGGACCUGCAGCAAGUCCUGCACAGCACCAAGAUGAAGAACCUGCCACUGGUGGAGUCAGCUGAGUCCAUGAUCCUGCUGGGCUCCAUUGAGCGGGCGCAGGUGGGGGCCCUGCUCAGCAGCCAGCUCAGCCCCCAGCGCCGGCUCCUGACGCUGCGGCAGAAGGCGCUGUCCGAGGAUGGGCACCGGCUCUCCGACUCCAGCAUCCGCUUCCAGAUCAGCACAGAGACCUCCUCGGGCACCCCUGCCCGCCCCGCAUUCCGCAAGCCCCUGAAGCCGGCGCUGAAGCGGGUGCCCAGCAGCCCAGCUGACAGCCCCCCAGCUGGCAGCGCUGACCACACUGGCAUCGCCCUCAAGAGCCUCUUCUGUGCCAACGCGGCCACAGAGCCCACCGAGGAGGAGAUGAUUCUGGGUGACAAGAUGACUCCAGCAGAGAUCGUGGAGUGGGAAGAGCAGCAGCUGGACCAGCUGGUGGACUUCAGCAGUGCCAAGAUCGACCCCGCGCCCUUCCAGCUGGUGGAGCACACCUCGCUGCACAAGACCCACACCAUCUUCUCUCUGCUGGGCCUGGACCACGCGUUCGUCACCAGCAUCGGGCGGCUGGUGGGCAUGGUGUCCCUGAAGGAGCUGCGCAAGGCCAUCGAGGGCUCCCUGACGGGCAAGGGGGUGAAGGUGCGCCCGCCGCUCGCCAGCUUCCGCGACAGCACCGCCAGCACCACCGAGGCUGACACCACCGCCCUGCGCCAGCUCUGGGAUCGCCACCAGCACCACCACAUGCCCCGCGAGGCUGGUCCUGGGGGCGACGAUGAUGACGACACCCCCAAGGGCCAGUGACACCCUUGAGAUCCACCCCCCCGUGUUCCCGGAAGCCACAAGGGCCCCCUGGCAGGUGCCAGGGGAUGCCCAGCCUGAGCCCACUGAUGCCAGGCUCAGCACAGGAGUGGGCACCCUCAAUCCAGUGCCUCUGCCCCCUCCCUGGGCUGGGGACCAACCAAAUGCCCCCCAGCCAGCCCCUGCUCCCCAAAUACCUGCCAGCUCUUGGGGCUUCCCACUUUGCUACCUCUGUACCCCUCCAGCCCCUGGUGCCCCCUAGAAUGGCCACUGCCCUCACACCCUCCAUGAGCACCACAAUGUCCCCUCUUGGAGUGGCACAGGGCAGAGAGGGGCAUCAGGUUGGGGUGUCCACAGGGACAUGGGUGGGCAUUGCCCCCUGUGCUCAGCACCUCAUGGUUGGGAACAGGGCGUCCUGCUGCCACUCUGCCAUGCACCUUUCUCCAUGUAAAUACAGAGAUUUUUAUAUUAAUUUAAUAAAAGGACUUUAUAAACAGA